UUGGCGGCAAGGGUACUUGCACACGAAUGCGGCAACCAUGUUGGUGCGCAAUGAGUUUAAAAGUCCGUGUGUGUUACCUGUGGGGUCUUUAAGUGGCGUUUAAACUAUUUGACAAUGGCUUCCAAAUAAGUAAAUAAUAUUCAUUUUUAUACAAGAUAUCUAAUUCGUUUAAUAAUCUGCAAGAUUUAAUAUUUGCAAUGGAAGACGAGCCUAAACGUGCAAAGCGAGGGAGACCUCCAGCUGAAGUUAUCACAAAGCUAAUAAUGGAAGGACAUCAGAGUACCCACAAAGUGAAAUGUCAAUAUUGUCACCGAACAUUUCCUCGAGAUAAAUCUUUGACUGCGCAUCUUAGGACACACACAGGAGAAAAACCAUUUGUUUGCACAUUUCCUGUACCCAAGUGCAACAAGAGAUUCAAACAAAGUGGACACCUGAGGACACAUGAAAGGCUCCAUACAGAUGAUUACUGCUUCAAGUGUCCUGUGGAGGGCUGCAAAAUGCGCUUCAAGCACACCAACAGGACAUGCACUAGCCAUCCUAAUGUGAAGCUUGUGCGCCAGAUUGAAAGCGGUCAUCCAGACAGUCUUCUUACUGAUGAGGUUCUUCAGAGGGAGCCUCCAGCUGUAAUUGAGUGGUUGAAAGGAUACAUUCAACGCUACAAGAACAGCCGUAAAACAUCUGAAAAACGAAGCAACUCCAAGAAUACAAAGGAUGAGUCACAAGAUGUCAGUUUCAACUCAUCCCAAUCUGAAUAUUUCAAUACACAAGGUCACGAGUUUAAUGAUAGCUCAGUAAACAAUCGCUCUGUCUCUUUAGGACGAGAUAACUCUGAGAAGCAUCGAGACGUUCAUAAUUCUUCAUUGCUGGCAAGUAUCUUUGCCAGCCCUGUGUCCCAGGUACGUGAUUCUCGAGACUGGGGUUCCACCUGUGCAUCCAAUACAAGUGCACUUGAAUGUUCUGGUUCUCCUGCUGAUUACACUUUCAACGGAUCAUCGGUGUCUACCCCUAGACGCGAUCAGUCACUCUCCACUCUCAAUGAGUCAGACAUUGCAUGCACUCCAACGAGAAGUUCCGUUUUCUCCACGCCAGUUGAUAAUUCGUUCUUGGCUACACCUAAGGGUACUGCUCGUCUUAUGAAUUCGUUGCAAGAUCCAAGCCGUUACUCUACCCCAGUGGAAAGUUCUUAUGGCACUCCUAUAGGACGCUCAUUCAUAAACACACCCAAUGAAGCCUUUCAUUUCUCCACUCCACUUGAUAAAGGAAUGUGUUUCUCAACACUGGCGCCAGAUUUGACUUCUACACCUGUUCCUGGUGACAUUUUUGCAACUCCUGACCAGUCUGCUUCUGGCAGUCUUCCCGGUGCAUCGUGUGGGCCAGUUCGUAAAAACUUCACUUUUUGUAAGCGCAUCAAGUCACGUCGUGGUUUAGGACCGCUCAUGGAAGCAACUAAUAAUGGUCGCGUCGCUGUCAUUGAUGAAACGUCCAGCACUCCUGAGCAUCGUACAUCCAAAUCUCAGUCUGCUCAAGUGCUGGAUGAAAAUUCGUAUGGUGUGCAUGACGGCCCUAAAAAUAUCCCGUCGUCGCCUCAGCAUUCGCGCGUGUUUCGUAACAAACAGAACCAGCUCCUGCCAGUGAAAAAAUCUGAUGCAUUCCGUUGCUUUGAUUUAGAUGGAAUUAAGCCUCUAAACGUUGAUGAUGAUUCACCCUACGUGUACCGAAAUAGUAUGUUCUCAAAUGACUCAACUCCUACACAUUCAUCUUCGUCUUUUCUAAAACAUAACACUUUCCAAGAAUCAGUGGAAGAAACAAAUGAGCUCGACUUCAAUGUUUCACAAGGUGAUGAAGCAGAGUCAGCAACUUGUACCUCGAGUAACACAUUGCAGCAAACAAUGUAUACGACUGCUAAGGAGGAAGAGACUUCGACUGCAUCAAGUGACAUAGUCAUCAAAGAAGAGCGGCCUUUUUCUCUUAGUCCUACUGACGCUUCUGUUACUGGCGCUUCUGUUACCAACAAUUGCAUUCCUAGUACCAUUAAUUGGCAGCAUAAGCCAUAUGAAAACGAUUAUGAUUUCAGCCCCAGAGUUAUCUUCCACAAUAGGGUCUUAUUCAAUACCAUGACCUCAACGGAAAUGCCUUUGUCUCCAGAUAAAUUUUUGUAUACUGCCGCCCACAACAGAAAACGUCCUUGCCAAACGUCCGAGUUUCCUAAUGAUCGUUCUCGGCCUGAGAUACCGCAGAUCCAACAAGACUCCACAUCCGAAUAUAUUCAAGUAAAACGGGAAACUACUGAUGAACAUUUGGAGAUAACGAACUAUGCAAACCAAACGCCAAAUGAAAUGCUAUAUUCCGAGUCAAACUAUCGACAUGUAUUCUCAAGUGUUCCAAGAAUGAGUCAACGAUUUGGUGGUGACAACGACCCAAAUCCUCAGUUUGAUGAGAGAGCAGAGCUUUCGAGAUCUCUCUCCUGUCAUCGAAAGUUGCCAUUUAGUGAAAUAGAUGCGUCUAAUGAUGAUAAAUCAAACGCUGUGGCCCCUGCCAUACCGAUCUACGAGUCUAUUACUCCUGAUCCUGAAGAUAAUCCACUAGAAACAUCUGAUGAUAUCGGGCCUGCUGACAAAAAUUUGAGUGACGAGCAUGAUACUCAUUCUGCAUUACAUUUUGGCAGUUCUGUAGAAAAAUAUGUUAUGAAAGACAACCAAUUUCUCUCAAAUGUAUCAUUGAAGGCUGAUAGUGCAAAAAAGCCGCAAGAUGUCUACAGUCCUGCAAGAUGUGUUAGCUCUCGGCUAUUUGAAAACGGGAGUAAUGGAUAUAAUGGCAUCAUGUUCAAUGAGCGUGUCGAUUCUGCAAGCGGUAGAGCGCACUGUGAUACGGUAGCAGCUGAGCCAGAUUCUAGUUCUUGUCAGCCCGGUGUGACAACUCUUACCAUCCGAACAAAAGCUGCCCGAAAAUCAUACACUCCUACCAAACGAUUAUGUAGUGGUUUCAAGGCUAUCAGUCCUCACAAAGUGUAUCCAAAGAAGCGCUGGAUGCACCGCAUCAACGCCCAAACUACCAAACCUGAAAUAUCUCGUUUCAAUUCUGUUAUGAAGAACUUCGAAUUUAAAAACGAAAUAAUUCAGUACGGAAGAGAUGAAUGUAUUCAUUCAACAGUGACCCAAAGUUCCAUAAGCUAUGAUGGAUCGAGUGAAACUAGUUCUGCAGAAAAUGUAUCGCAAGAUGAACCUGACUCGACAAGCACACCUCCUAAUCCAGUCCCUUUUUAUAAUCCUAUUGCUGUGCAAGGCAUCGAACCGCCGGGCGAUUUUUCAUCUGGAAAUAUAGCAAUGAAUUCGUCGCUUGAUCACGGAGGUUGCAAAGAUGAUCCAUCCACUAUGGUUCAAGUUGACGUGUCUAUGACCUCUCAUUCCAUUCCCGCCAUGAACCCCUCCUAUCGUGAGGAAAACGUGUUAGAUUACGACCAUGCUGAGUCAAACGAGCCCCUCAAUCUUUCCACUCGCUGAUAUCAUUUUCUAUCCCUUUACAUCUUUUAUGUCGAGAUUAUAUCAAUUUUGAAAUUACUUACUGUAUGCGAAUAAAAUAGAAUGACAAUUGGUGGAGAUGACGGUACUUGCCUAUUCUGUCGUGAAGAAUUUGUUCUUAAAAGACCGUUUGUUGAAGAUUUGUAGAACAUUUGUUAAAAUUGACAUGACCAUACUGAAAUUUGUUUUAUUGUAUAAUUCAAUUAAGAACUUUGCGUUACGUCUUCUGUUAUUCCAUUACCAAAAUACUCAACAAUUGUGUUCUUUAACAACUGUAUUUACGUUCUGUGAGACUGAACUACUUGCUUUUACGGUAACCAAUAUUAAAGUUUGUGUUCCUUAUAUAAAACUUUUUUCCUCUUGCGCAGGAUUGAAGAUAAUUUCCGGUCGCAAAUAUUAUAAAUCUCAAAUUUCAAUAGGUUACGUGGACCGAUUCACGCACCUAACUUAAGAAUUUUACCCCAAUUGUAUAUCAGAUAGAUACUAACAACUUUUAUGGUAGUGCAUGCUAUACUACAAAUUUUCAAAGCUGGCUUAUUUUCCAGCACCAAGGCCAGUUCAUUGCGUUUCAGGCGUAGAAAUUACUUGCUUUUUUUUCUUCUAGUUCUCUAUAACAAUAGUGUCCUGCAGCAAUUGUGAUCUGAAAUCAUUUAUUUCGUGUCUAAUUGUUAAAAAUGUCGUUUAUUGAAUUCAAUUUUACUCGUGAAUUCUCGAAAGAGUGAAUUCUCGAACUUUUACAACAGUAGGUAGCUGAGGAAAGUUCCUUAUUAUUAUGCCGUUUCAUUUCUUUGAAGCUGUGAGCAGCUUUUGUGAGCGAAAUACGGGGAAAGAAAUUGCUCUUUUCGUGUGGUAUUUACGCAUUUUAAACUUAUCUUGUAUGAAGUAGUUACCUGGCUAUAAAUGCACAGCUCGGCUUCGUGCUGUGCUCGUUUAGUGAUUGUUAUUUUGGUUGAUAACGACACUACCUAGUCUAUUAUUUGUUCUAUUCUUAUUUGAAUCUUAACUAAUCAGUGAACCAAAAACUCGAUUUUCUCCUAACUACUUCUUGUUCAUAGAUGAGAUAAUGAGAGUCGCGUUAAAAACGAACGUAUUUCCUAUAAGUCCGCAUAAGCAUCAUAGUUUUAUUAUUACUAUCGCGGUGCGAAAGAGACGAUAUUUGUACUUCCACCCGUUGAUUUUUUCUGCUUAUUAUCUUUUAUGUCCAAAUGUUAGAAAGUCCCAAUGAAAGUGAUAUUAACAUUGCAUAGACACAUUGUUGUGUUUUGACUAAUCAAGUUAGAAUUCUUCAUUAAUUUAAACUAUUUAGAUCUUACAACCAUUUAGCUUUCGAAGUGUAUUCAUCAGUCGCAGACUACCUUGAAAAACUAGCUUUCUCUUAUCCUAGAAAUUUUAGCAUAUUUCAGAUCGUUGAACUCUAAUGAUAAUGAAAUUGAAAAGGAAAUGAUGUUGGGAAUAAAAUUCUCAAAGCCUU